AUGAAGCUCGCUGCCGCCAUUGCCCUCAACCUGGCCGUCCUAGCCGUCACGGCCCCGACAUCCACCAACGUCGAACGUGCCAACCCUGUCGAGGGUAUCAUGGAAAUGUUGAACCUCGGCCAGCAGCACAGCAGCAGCGCAGCCACCCCUACGCCUACGCCAACCGUGGUCCCCAACUCGAACAUGAAUUUCCCUGGCGAAAAGGCUACUGGAAUCCAACAACACGGCGCCGCGUCCUCUGCCGUCAUUAAGCCGACCGAGUCAUCACACUUCCACGUCUCGGCUGCUGCUACCUCUUCUGUGAGCGUCUCUGACGCUACCGCAUCAGCCUCGUCUACUCCCUCUGCCUCUGCCAGUGCGAAGCCGGAGUCCCCUAUUGCUGGGGUCCCCAUCGUUGGUCCCGUGUUGGCCAAUGUUCUUGGUCUCUAG